AUGCCAGAGGCUUUUGGGAAUAAUAUGACUGCAUUGCAAAAACAUGUUUCUUUCUUCGACCGUAAUCAUGAUGGAAUUAUAUUUCCAAAUGAGACAUUGGAAGGACUCAUGGCACUCGGUUCUAACAUCACUUUGUCCACUGCGGCUACAGCUCUCAUCCAUACAGCCCUUAGCCAGAAAACCCGACCUGGAAAGCCUUUAUCUAUGUUAUUUCCGAUAGAGAUUGAGAACAUUAAGGGAGGCAAACACGGGAGUGACUCGGGUGCGUAUGACAAUGAAGGAAUGUUUGUGGAAUCAAAGUUUGAGGAGAUAUUUACAAAGUAUGCGGUUACACAUAAAGAUGCCUUAACAGAAGGUGAAUUGGGGGCGAUGUUGGAGGGUAAUAAGGUACCUAAUGAUGUUGCUGGAUCGGUUGCAGCUUCUACAGAAUGGAAGAUGUUGUACAAUUUGUUUAAGGAUAAAGAUGGUUUGUUGCAGAAACAGACUGUGAAGGAUUCAUUUGAUGGAACCUUGUUUUAUCAGAUGGAGAAGAAGAACAACAACAAUGCCAAAUAA